AUGGCGACUUCAUCUCUACCUGCUACUCCUAAAGCAGCGACUUCGCUGGCUCCUGCUUCCGAGGGCACUGGGACCCCGGGCAAAUGGCGACACCCUAUGCUGGCUGAAAUAGUCAGACGCCAGAAUGCAGCCACAUUUGGUGAAAAGAACGUGAAAAGGCUGGUCUCGAAUGGCGCAGUUCUCAUAAUGACAUAUGCUCUCGGGGGAACUGCCAAAGCAUAUUCAAGUAAAAUCCUCGAUACCGGCGAUGCUUUCCGCGACUUCGCGAUGGUUAUUUGCCAACUCUUCCUCUUUGCCAAUAUUAUCAUGGCGCUCUAUCCUCUCUUCCGGCCGAAGGAUGACCUCUCGGACAUUCCUCUUACUCCCACUCAACGAAAGCUCCUUGGGUUGGACCCUUCUGCGACCCCGCCUGCAACUCCAGGGACCACCUUUGCCACUCCCCCUAGAUAUCGCCUCUCGACUUCGCGCAAGCCUAGUCCCGCAAGCAGGCCAUCCUCCCCAAUGUCUGCAAAUGCAAGCUUUUCAGAGCGAAGACCCUCGGCAGGUACUCCUUACUCUCCAGUCUCGAGCCCCUUGCUUUACAAAGCUGUUUCCAAUGGAGGUUUAGAUUCUGGUCGACGACAGAGCUUUGGCUCGUCCUCAUUCGGGGCAUCCUCGUUCGGGGCAUCCUCCUUCGGAGCAUCGUCAUUUGGAGAGUCGAGUCUCGGUCCAAGUACACCUUCUCCGCUUGCUGGUAAGCGCGCUAGCUUGGGGGUGAAGAAUAAGUGGUUGUAUGAGAGAAGCCGACGGCUUUCCGCAAGCAAUGGUGCACUUUGA